AUGUACACAGUCAUGUUGAAGAAUUUUUGUAUUUCACUUAUGAAGAGAGGGAAAAUGGAGGUCCUAUGCCGAAGGACCGUUGGAGGCGACCGUUCGAGGGUGUUUCUUCUCGGAGUAAGGCAUAGGUCGGAGGAAUCGAGAAAAGAUGUUGAAACACUAGUGGAGAUUCUGAGGCCCGACACGGUAUUUCUGGAGAUUGAUGCUCUCAGGGCAUGCCUUUUGCACAAGCCUGAAAAUCAUGAUAGCGAGUUCUUAGUAGCACGGCGUGAGGCGACACGAUUGGGGAUAGACGUGGUCUAUGGUGACCACAAUAACCUGGUUUGUUUUUUUACAACUUGUGGUAAAAAAAACAAACCAGGUUAUUGUGGUCACCAUAGACCACGUCUAUCCCCAAUCGUGUCGCCUCACGCCGUGCUACUAAGAACUCGCUAUCAUGCUAAUUGA